AUUUUUGCUAGUGUGCCAAGACUUGGCUAUUUUGCCUGUAAUUGAUUAGCAUAUAGUUAUUAGAAUAUAUAGCACUAGCUUUUACAACUGAACUGCCAUUGCUCUGCAUUGAAAUAAUUAUGGUAGCACAAUUAAUCACGUCUUAUUUGCCACCUUGUAAUUAAAAACAAAAAUCAGCAUGGUUUUAUAUUAAUAACUGAAUAAAAGUAAUCUUUUAACUGUUUUUACAAAAAAGAAAUUGCAACCUUUCAGCAGUUCCACUUGGUCAGGAGGACGUCCAAGUAUAUAAACAUAAUAUGCUUGGACUUUGAAAAAAGAUACUGACAAAAGACUCAUGAGUAACUCUGAAACAGUAAUAAUAUCUUCUCAGAAGUAAGUCCUAUUGAAUUCUGAGGCGCUUACUCCCAGGUAAGUGGGGUUGGGUUGCAGGCUAAACCUAGCAAACAUGGUAAAUAGGGCUGGUUCUUUUUAGUUCGGUAACUGGCUAAACAUAAAGCAGAUGGAAGGAAUAAACUUGUUUCAAAAUGGAGGCAAGUAGGCAAUGAACAGUACAAGGAUCUGUAUUGUGGAUGUGGACCAGUGUUUUUAUUUAACAUCCAAAAAUGAGUUGGGGGUAAAGAGUGAACAGUGAGGUAGCCAAUUUGCAGAUGACACUUGAUUAUUCAGGUGAAUACUCAAGGAAAGAGCUCCAACAUAAUUUCUCCAAACUGAAUAAUUGGGCAACAAAAUGGCAAACAAGAUUCAGUGCAAGUAAGUACGUAGCACUCAUUAGGGGGAACGAUUUCCAACUUCAUAUAUAUACUGAUGGGAUGUAAGAAAGCUGUGAAAAAGGGAAAUUCCAUACUUGGGAUCAUUAGGAAAGGGAUUAAAAAUAAAACUGCCAGCAUCGGAAGACAUUUAUAUAAAUCUAUUGAGUUGCCAAAUUGUGGAAUGCUGGGCACACUUAAAUUAAAUAUAAUUGAGCUGGAAACGGUGCAGAAAAGGGCAAACCCAAUGAGCAAAUGUUAGAAUUUCUUUCAUAGGAGGAAAGCCUUUUCUUAAAAGGCAACAAAUAGAUGAUCAUGAAUAGAAUUUUAGAACAUUACGCAUGGUUUUGACGAAGUAGGUAGAGAAAAUACUGUUCUCCCUCUCUUUUAAACCUAGAAAGUGGGGGGUCACCCUUUAAACCAGUGCGCCAUAGAUUCAGAACUGCUGUUAAAUUACAAUAAAUGUACAGAAUUUGCUGCCACAAGAUAUGGCGACACAGCCCACUGGCUUAAAUGGGUUUCAAAGAGGAUUUAAAUCCAUGAGGUGAAAUGAUACUUCAGUUCUAAUGGCCACAGCUAAAAGGGAACUCCAGAAGGCCAGCCACAUGGGGCCAUUCUGCAUUUACCAUUUAUAGUGGUGUAGAGUUGCUGUUUGAUCCAGCGUUUGCCUGCUCCUUUUGGUCACAUAUCGCUGUUAUUAGCGAGUCAGUAUGCUGCUUUCCUUUCCACACAAAUUGUGGGUUGUGCCUGUACUGAGAAAAUAUCCGUACCUGUAGUAGCCUUGUGUUCCUCCAGCCAGUAAAUUCUGGAGUUAUUUAUUUGAUCACUAUUAUUUAUUUAAUCAAAUUACAAGUUUGCUUUUAAGAAAGGGGGAGCUUAAUGUGACAAGGUGGGGUUUUUUGAUUUACUUUAUUUCUCUUCCCUUUUAGAAGAGUAAUAUAUUUUUAACAAAACGAAAAAUUCAGUGUGAUCUUUUGAAGAAAGAUGACUGUUCAUCUCUCAGAAAAAAAGGGCAAUGUUUUACCUGACUUCCUGCAUCUGAAUGACUUGGGAUGUGAAUCUGUAGGAGGGAAGGUUUUAUUUGCAACGGAUGACUUUUUUGCUCCUGCAGAAAAUCUCUUAAAGAAACAACGACCAGCGUAUCAUGCAGACCUAUUCACCGAGUUUGGGAAGUGGAGGGAUGGAUGGGAAACCAGGAGGAAGCGCAUUCCAGGUCAUGAUUGGUGCAUCAUUCAGCUGGGGGUGCCAGGUACGAUUUAUGGGUUUGAGGCAGACACAUCUUACUUUGCUGGAAACUGCGCUCCUCAGAUAUCAAUCCAAGCUGCUUGCUUGAAGCCAGAGGAGGUACCAGCGCUGCCAGCAAGAGGGAACAGAAUAGGAACAGCUGCUUCGGAUGAAGAGCUGAGGAUUGUCAAGGAGAUGAGGUCAGAUGAAUGGACUUCCUUAGUUCCCAUCUCAAAGAUAAAAUCAGGAAACCUUGAUGCUGCCCACAACUAUUUUGUUGCAACUUUGAAGCAAAAAUGGACACACUUAAGACUCAACAUAUAUCCAGAUGGUGGAAUUGCACGUUUAAAAGUGUACGGUACAAUGCAGAGAGAAUGGCCACUCUCUGGCCUGAACCACUUGAGUGAUUUGGUGGCAAUGGUGAACGGAGGUGUCUGUGUUGGAUACAGUGAUGCUCAGUUAGGCCAUCCUGGGAAUAUUUUAGGACCAGGAAGAGCAAAGUCCAUGAAAGAUGGAUGGGAAACAGGCAGAAGUCUGCAAAGACCACCCAUUUUAAAGCUUGGUGACAAAGGAAUCUUACUUGUACCAGGAAGUGAAUGGGCAGUCUUUCGAUUGGGACAUUCAGGUGUUAUAACGCACAUAGAAAUAGACACCAGUCACUUUAAAGGAAACUUUCCAGAUACAUUUAAACUUGAGGCCUGUAUUUUGAAUACAGAAGAAGAAAAUGAAUAUAAUGCAAAGUGGACUUUGAAGCAAGGUCCAAAAUGGAACACACUGGUACCUGCAACAAAGCUUAAACCUCAUACGAGACAUUUUUUUGAUGGUACUACCAUAAAGAUGCUGGAUGUGUUUACUCAUGUGAAACUUACUUUUGCUCCUGAUGGAGGUGUAAGUAGGAUGCGUCUCUGGGGAUUUCCACGGGCCUUGCCAGACACGAGGAAGUAAAAAUGUUCUCAGGAAAAAGGCUCUGCAGAAUUUCACUCAUGGUUAAUACAAGACCGAAUACAAUUCAUCUAUCUGCAUUCAUUGAAUUAUACAGUUUUCCACAUCAUUGGUUCAAAUGCAACAAUUUGUUACGGUUGUACAAUAACAUCAUUUCUCUAGCUGAAUGAAUAAUUUACAUAUAUAUUUGCUAACAGGUUAUCGGAUUUGGAAAAUGGUAUUAUUUAUUAAACAAUGUUAAGAGGCAAUGAAUGCAGCUGUCGAACAGAUAGAGCACAUAAGGUAGAAAGGUUUUGUUUUUGUUUUUUAAAGCGCAGUUACAUAUCAAGCCGGUUAUAUUGUUUAGAGUGUUGGACUAGGAUUUGUGAGACCCGGAUUCAAAUCUCCACACAGCCAUGAAGCCUGCAGGUUGACCCUGGGCCAGUCAGAUACUCUUAGUUUCUUGCCUCGCAGGGUUGUUGUGAGGAUAAAACAGGGAAGUGGCAGAACUGCACUUGCCACCUUGAGCUCCUUAGGUGAAAGGUGGGAUAUUAAUGCAAUAAUAAAUAACCAGGACUGACCCAAGGCAGUUUGCUGCCUGAUGUGCGGCACUGCAAAAGGCAUUCCCUGCCCUGUCAAUGUCAAUAGUACCCAAAGCAGAAAAUCGCACUUCUCCCCUCCCUAGCAAUAAGAAUAUUUUUUUAAAAACUAAGAAUUUAAUGGCAUCCAAAAUCAGCUCCCUGAGGUUUUCCCCUCAUUCUGCCUUGUGUGAGGACCAGUCCUAUUCAUUAAAAAAAAAAAAAAUCCUAGGUGCAAUCUAAUUUUCAGUUUUGCUUACCUUAGUCCGGAAUAUCCAAAAUAUGUCCUCAUAUAUGAUGCCGUUUAUCACAGCCUUAUUCUAUGCUAACUUGGAAUAAUAAAUAAUAAUAAUAAAUUAUUCCUGCUUGAUUUGAUUGAAAAAUUCAAGCAAGUGUGCUUAGGAGUGCAACGUUAAGAAAUGCUGAUCACAAAUAGCUAAGAGAUUCUGGAACUAUUAAUUAUCAAAACAGAGAGCAAAACUGUAUUGAACAUCUGGGCAAGAAUAUGCUUCAGUAUGUUUGAAGUUUGUGUGUUAAGAAUCAA